AUGUCUCGGCGAUCUUCCAUCGACAGCAUGUUCACAACUGCUUCUCAAUUUGAGCCUAUCACACUUGAGGAUCGUAUCCGUAUUACUUUUGAAAUUGCAAACAUUUUACAAAAACAGGAAUUCUUGCGCAAAUUAGUAAAAUGUUUGAUGUUGUAUGGUGCUCCAGCACACAGACUUGAAUAUAUUCUUCGAGAAGUAUCGCACACACUUGGGGUGGAUGCAGAAUAUGUCUAUAUACCAAACGUCAUGUUUCUGACGUUCUUUGACCAGACAACACAUACAACAGAAACACACUUUAUUCGCAGUUCUCAACUGUUUGAUAUGCAUAAGUUGGGUGAGAUUUAUCGUCUAGAGAGACUAGUUUCUCACGGUGAAGUAUCUGUGGAUGAAGCCCUGGAAUUUAUUGAUAAAGUGGUCAACGAACCACAAUUUUAUCCUGUUUGGUUAAAUCCGUUUGUGUAUGCAAUUGCUAGUUUUUGUGGUUGCGUCAUGUUUUAUGGCGUUUUCUUUGCUACGUAUGAAUUAUUUUCCGGACGUUACUUAAGUUUCCAACCUAUUUGGGAAAUCACUGUUUGUAUUGUUAUCGGAUUUGUCUCUAGAGCUGUAUGGCGGUAUGGUUUUUGCUUCACUCCUGUUGCUUUCGCAUCAUUUAUCGUGAUAUUACCUGGUUAUUCAAUGGCGGUUGCUUUGAUUGAACUUGUGUCCAGACAGCCUGUGAGUGGUGUUGUUCGUAUGGUGUAUGCCAUCAUGUAUUCUUUCUUACUUGGCUAUGGUAUUGAAAUGGGGUCAGAAAUCUUUGGAAAAAUCGACGCAGAGUCUGUGUCAUCACAAGGCCAGGCACAAGCAUGUAAAGCAGCUAGUAGUUCUUCUACUUGUGUUACUAUUAUUCCCCAAGCCUAUUAUUUCUUGACUGUACCAUUGUUUGCUCUUGCGUAUUGUAUCUAUCUUCGUGCAAGAGUACCACGAUGGCUUCCAAUGAUUUUUGUAGCUGUAUCAGGUUUUGUGGUCAACUAUGCUUUAUCUUGUUACGCACAAGCUCCUUCACAAGUUUUGCAAGUAGUUCCAGCAUUUACUGUUGGUCUAUUAGGGAACUUGCUGACAAAGCUUACUGGUAAAAUGUCUUUGGAUGCAGUCAUUCUUGGUAUUUUCUAUAUGGUGCCGGGUAGUUUGGGUUUAAAGUCUGCUUUGGGUUUCUUUGGAUCUUCAGAUAAUAGCGAAUUCGCAAACCAAGGUGCUGGUUUUGCUUUAAGUAUGAUUGAAACAUCGAUAGGUAUUACAGUUGGCUUAUUUAUAGCAACAUUGGUAGUCUAUCCUAAAGGCACUUCACAUACACCAUUGAUGAACUUCUAG